GCAGGCAUGGCGGUCAUUUCUCUGGCCUUUGGUCAGUACAUCCUGGAACCUCUGUUCAUGCCAUGUGGUAUCCCCCCCCUGGCUGUCAAACUGGCCACAGCCAUUGGCCUAACGUCUGUUAUGUACCUGAACAGUAUGAGCGUAACGUGGACAGCCAGGAUUCAGAUCUUCCUCACUGUCAGCAAGCUUCUGGCCAUUGCCAUCAUAAUAGUGCCAGGCAUGUACCAGCUCUUUAAAGGAGAGACCAGACAUUUUGAGAAUGCCUUUGACCUGAGUAAUGUGCAGCUCUCUGGUAUGCCACUGGCUUUCUACUCUGGGAUGUACGCGUAUGCUGGAUGGUUCUAUCUGAACUUUGUGACAGAGGAGGUGGACAACCCUGCAAGGACUGUUCCACUCGCCAUCUGUAUCUCCAUGGCAAUUGUGACUUCUUGCUAUGUGCUCACCAAUGUGGCAUACUACACUGUAAUGUCAGCUGAGGAGCUCCUGGCCUCAUCAGCUGUUGCUGUGACAUUUGCAGAGAGGCUUCUGGGGAACUUCUCUAUCGCCGUCCCAGUAUUUGUAGCCUUGUCCUGCUACGGCACCAUGAACGGCUGCGUCUUUGCCCUGUCAAGAAUGUUCUACGUAGCUUCACGUGAAGGCCAGCUCCCUGAGGUUUUGUCUAUGAUUCAUGUCCGCAGACACACUCCACUUGCAGCUGUUCUCAUAAUGUACCCUAUGACCAUGCUCCAGCUGUUAGUUGGAGACAUCUACAGUCUGUUGAACUUCAUGAGCUUCCUGCGAUGGCUGUUCAUCGGUGUGGUGGUGCUGGGUUUGAUCUACCUCCGAUACACAAAGCCGGACCUCCCCCGCCCUUUUAAAGUUCCACUGUUUUUUCCAGUGGUGUUUUGCAUCACAUGUUUCUUCAUGGUCUUCCUGUCUCUGUACUCGGACCCUGUUAACACAGGAAUUGGAUUUGCCAUUUCCCUCACUGGCAUCCCUGCAUACUACAUCUUUAUUUACUUCAACCACAGACCAAAGUGGCUUCAGAGGACUUUAGGUAACACAUCAUUAAGUUACUGAUGGGUCACUUGAUUAAGCUGCAAACAUGAAAUUAAUAA